AAGUCUAUACGCGUUAUAUUGUUCAUCCAAAAGUCUCGAUCAACAUCAAUAAAUUUAAUUAUGACUAUGAACACUAUAAAAACUCUGCAGAGUUCCGCAAUUGUAUUGGUGAUUCUAUUUGCCUCUUCAGCAUCUCAUUCUAGAAUUGGAUUCGAUAAAUAUCAUAACUACAAAGAGAUGACUAAUUAUUUGAUGCAAAUAACUGACGAGUUUCCCAAUAUCUCGUCGCUGUAUUCGAUCGGCCAGUCGGUYUUAAAACGUGAACURUGGGCUGUCAAGUUGACUACUGCAAGCGAAUUGCUAGGUGUACCAAACGUCAAGAUCGUUGGCAACAUACACGGAAAUGAGCCCGUGGGAAGAGAAAUCAUUUUACAUCUGAUUCAAUAUUUGUUGGAUAACAAUUCGAAAAACAAAGCAAUUAGCAAUAUGUUGCGAACUACCGUCAUCCAUUUGUUGCCGAGUAUGAAUCCCGAUGGGUUCGAACUAUCGUCUCCUCAGCCUUGUCCUAACGACGGAAUGCAGAAGUCGGGUUCUAGAGAAAAUGCUAACGCUUUUGAUUUGAAUCGAAAUUUUCCGGAUUUUUUCAAUCCGCAUACAGUACCAUUGCAGCCCGAAACCAAAGCAAUGAUGAGAUGGUUAAAAUCUGUGCCGUUCGUCAUGUCUCUAGGCUUACACGGUGGCGCUUUGGUGGCCAAUUUUCCUUACGAUGGUUCAUUGGAUUCGGUACCAGGAAAGCUGCAGAAAUUAAACGAAACAUUACGAAUUGCCAAUGUAUUUGAACUCUACAAAAUAUUUCGAAACGAUUCUAGUUAUAACCAUAAUAUCGAAAAUAUGGAGAGUUUAACACCAGACGAUGACGUAUUUCGGUUUUUGGCGAAACAAUAUGCUGAAUUACACCCGACCAUGCAUAACGGUCUAAGUUGUGAAGAUGACUCUGAUUUAAAAUUCAAAAAUGGCAUAACAAAUGGAGCCGCUUGGUAUCAAGUAAUAGGAAGCAUGCAAGAUUAUAAUUAMGUAUGGCACGGAUGUAUGGAAAUUACUUUGGAAAUGUCAUGUUGCAAGUACCCACCUGCUUCAUUUUUAGAAUCUCAUUGGAAAGAUCAUUUAAAGCCACUCUUGACUUGGGUGCAACAAGCGCAAAGAGGUGUCAAAGGAAUCGUCACCAACCGAAUAACAGGUAAACCCAUACCAAACGCCACCAUCGGCCUUACAAACCGUGAAAAUUAUGUCAACACGACCCUGAAUGGAGAAUACUGGAAAAUACUACUUCCUGGUAUAUAUAAAUUACGUUACAUUGAAUAUCAAAAACUACCAAAACUGUAUAAUAUGGAUUCAGAAGGAGCAUUAGGUAUACUUUGA